AUGUAUCGAAUCUGGAACAUAUACGUGCUUGCCGCCUUUGGCACCAUCGGUGGCAUGAUCUUCGGCUUCGAAAUUAGCUCCAUGAGUGCUUGGAUAGGCUCCGACCAGUAUCUCGAAUUCUUCAACCACCCGGGCUCAGCUGAGCAAGGCGGCAUCACGGCAUCCAUGUCCGCCGGAUCUCUGGUCGGCUCUCUUCUAGCCGGAUGGCUUGCUGAUCGUCUGGGGCGUCGUUUGGCCAUCCAAAUCGCCUCUGUGGACUGGAUUAUUGGAGCUGUACUACAGUGCUCUGCUCAAAACGUCGCUCAUCUCGUCGUUGGUCGCAUCGUCUCUGGCCUUGCAAUCGGCAUAACGUCCUCUCAAUGCAUCGUCUACCUAUCCGAGCUUGCCCCCUCUCGCAUCCGUGGACGAGUCGUUGGCAUUCAGCAGUGGUCCAUUGACUGGGGCAUUUUGAUCAUGUACCUUAUCUCUUACGGCUGCUCAGUUUCCAUUCACCGGCCGGCAGCAUUCCGCAUUGCAUGGGGCCUGCAAGCUGUUCCCGGAGCCGUCCUCUUCCUCUCCCUCUUCUUCUUCCCGGAGUCCCCUCGCUGGCUUGCAACCAAAGAUCGCUGGGAAGAAUGCCACGAAGUGCUUGCCAACCUGCACGCCAAAGGCGACCGAAACAAUAUCGAGGUGCUGGCCGAGCUAGAAGAAGUCAGAGAAGCCGCGAGGAUCGCCGCGGAGUCGAAGGAGGUCGGCUACUUGGGACUGUUCGCUCCCAAGAUGUGGAGACGCACACUUGUCGGCGUCAGUGCACAAAUUUGGCAGCAGCUUCUCGGUGGUAAUGUGAUGCUUUACUACCUUGUGUACAUCUUCAAUAUGGCUGGCAUGUCCGGAAAUACCGCCCUCACGUCUUCAAUCAUCCAAUAUGUCAUUUUCCUCGUCACAACUGGGGGGGUCCUCUUUGUCGUUGACCGCAUGGGUCGCCGAUGGCUGCUCAUUGUUGGCGCCAUCAUUUGCGGUGUCAUCCAUUUCAUCGUCGGUGCCGUCAUGGCUGUUUAUGGGCAUCAUGUCGACAGUGUUGAUGGAAACGAUAUCCUGAGGUGGCAGAUCGGUGGGCCUCCUGCAAAAGCCGUGAUUGCGCUUUGCUACAUCUUCGUCGGAGUCUUCACUUGGGCCCCCGGUGCGUGGAUAUACUGCGGAGAAGUCUUUCCCUUAAAGUAUCGAGCCAAGGGAGUUGGUCUGGCUGCUGCAGGUAAUUGGGCUUUCAACCUUGCUUUAGCCUUCUUCGUUCCGCCGGCCUUUACCAACAUUCAGUGGAAGGCGUACAUGAUCUUCGGGACUUUCUGCAUUGCCAUGGUGUUCCACGUCUACUUCAUGUACCCCGAAACCGUGAAGAAGUCACUAGAAGAGAUUGACGUGCUAUUCGAGGGAGAUAUUCCGGCAUGGCGCAGCGCGAAUGCCGUAAGCACAUUCGAAGAGAAAGUAGCACGAGCAAAGGAAGUUGGGGGAUUGGAGGAGUUCAAGCAAGCCAACGUGAAGCACGAAGAAAAGGUCUGA